AUGGCACACCCGCAGUCAGCGCAGCCCUUCCUGGGCCAGCGGGGCGACGCCUCGUCGGUCGACGGCCCUGACCUCGACUUCCCACCACCGCCGCCUGCCCAUCGCGUGCCUGUGGGCGUGCAUGCCGACAGCCAGCACUUCCAGCAGCCGCGCCCCUCGUUCCAGCAGGACCCAAACAAUUACUCGGACCUCUCCGCGCCCGGCAGCGGCGAGACUCGCGGAGCCCCCAUGGGCGUGCCCAGCAGGAGCCCCAACGCCACACCCUCCAACGACCACUACGCCUACGAUGGCGGCCUGGCGCCGCGCUCCAUGUACUCGAACCACUCGUACGGCUCCCAAGCCCCCUUGGCCGGCCCGGGCAUGUACUCGAGCAACAACUCGCUGCACAGCAUGAGCUCGCCACCCCACAGCUCGCCCUUCACCGACAAUCCCUACAACCGCUACUCCACCACGCCGAUGAACAACGCCUACGCCAUGGGCCAGAUCGACCCCAAUGAGCUCGCCGAUGACGAUGACUGGGGCAUGGGACCAGAGACACCACAUGCCAAGCGCCGAUCCUUCGUACCUGUAUUCGGUGCAUCUCGAGACGGCAGCAGGAACGGCUCUCCAGAGUCGUCGAUAGCAGGCGGCGUCGCAGGUGCUGGCGCAGGAGCUGCUGCUGCUGGUGCACUUGCCAGCCGUGAUGGAAGCGGCAAGUACAACGCCGUCUCCAACAUCAACGGUGCUGGAAGUGCCAACGGCAGUGGAAGCCACAUCAUUGGUAGUCAUCCCGAGCUGCUCGCCGAGAAGUCAGAAUGGCUGAAGCGAGACCACGCUAAACGCAAGAAGAGAAUGUGGAUCGCCAUUGCUAUCAUUGCUGUCAUCGUGCUGGGCGCCAUCCUCGGUGGUGUCCUCGGUGCGCUGCUCAACAAGGGCGGCGGCCAUGAUGGUCAGCACGGCUCCGUCAGCGCUGGCGACGUAGCGAGUGACAACAAGGACGAUCUCAACAAGGACUCAAGUGAGAUCAAGGCGCUCAUGAACAACGCGAAUUUGCACAAGGUCUUCCCUGGAAUGGACUACACUCCUCUGAACUCGCAAAAGCCGGGGUGCGAUACAGUGCCACCGUCGCAGAAUAACAUUACUCGCGAUGUCGCCGUCAUGUCGCAGUUGACCAACGCCAUCAGACUCUAUGGAACCGAUUGCAACCAAACACAAAUGGUCAUCCACGCUAUCCAGCGUCUUGAACUGACAGAUAUGAAGAUCUGGCUCGGUGUUUGGCUCGAUGACAACAACUCCACCAACAAGCGUCAAAUUGCCCAGACGUGGGACAUCCUCGACGAGUAUGGCUGUGACUACUUCAAAGGCAUCAUCAUCGGCAACGAGGUGCUUUACCGCAAGGACCUCACAGUGGCCCAGCUCAUCGACCAGAUCACAAUCUUCAGGCAGAACAUCACCAGCCACAAGUGUGAUCUCCCAGUCGCUAUGGCUGAUCUCGGUGACAACUGGACCGCCGACAUGGCUACUAAGGUAGACAUUGUCAUGUCCAACGUGCAUCCUUUCUUCUCUGGUACCCCAGCAGACAAAGCUGCAGCUUGGACAUGGAAUUUCUGGCAAACAAAGGACGUCGCGUUGACAGCGAGCAACAACGACAUCAAGCAAGUCAUCGCCGAAGUUGGCUGGCCGACUGGCGGCGGAACCAAUUGCGGUGCAGCUGACACAUGUACCGAUGGAUCUGUUGCUGGCAUCGACGAGCUGAACCGAUUCAUGGAGGACUGGGUCUGUCCCAGUCUAAAAAAUCAGACCGAGUACUUCUGGUUCUCGGCAUUCGACGAGCCAUGGAAAAUUCAGUACAACGAGAAGGGCAAAGAGUGGGAAGACAAGUGGGGCCUCAUGGAUGUAAACCGCAACCUCAAGUCCGGUGUCCAGAUCCCCGACUGCGGCGGUGCAGCUCUGCCCACCUUCGAAUAA